GCCUUGCGCGAGAACUCUCCUCGUCUCAAGCUUUAAUGAUAUAACCCAUUGUUUUCUUCUACAAUAAUUCCUGAUGGAGCUUUGUUCCUCAUCUCCAUCUUCUUCUCUCCUCCGAAACCGUUCUUCUUCACUACCCGAACUCUCCUUCUCUUCCUCAAUCUCCCACUUCCCUUCACGAAUCCAACUAAAGUCAUCGACUUUCACAAAACCCAACCUCCGAAUCCACUCCUCCCUCGCCGCGGAGACUCAGGGCCUUCCCCGAGACAGCCCACAACGCCUCCUCAAGGAGCUCGCCCAACGCAAACAAUCCACCACAAGCCCCAAGAAGAAACUCCCUCCCAAACGCUUCAUCCUCCGACCACCACUAGACGACAAGAAGCUCGCGGAAAGAUUCCUCAACAGCCCGCAGCUCUCCCUCAAAUCCUUCCCUUUACUCAGCUCAUGCCUCCCUCCUUCGAAGCUCAACAACGCAGACAAGACGUGGAUCGAAGAGUAUCUCUUGGAGGCGAAACAAGCGUUGGGUUACUCUCUAGAGCCUUCGGAGAGCUUGAGCGACGAGAAUCCGGCGAAGCAUUUCGACACGUUGCUUUAUUUGGCGUUUCAGCAUCCGUCUUGUGAUAGGGCACGUGCGAGGCACGUGAAGAAUGGGCACUCGAGGCUUUGGUUUCUGGGGCAGUAUGUGAUUGAGCUUGCGCUUACCGAGUUUUUCUUGCAGAGGUAUCCGAGGGAGCCUCCGGGGCCUAUGAGGGAGAGAGUGUUUGCUUUGAUUGGGAAGAGGUAUCUACCCAAGUGGAUCAAAGCGGCUAACUUGCAGAAUCUUGUCUUCCCUUAUGAUGAUAUUGAUAAGUUGCUUAGGAAAGAUCGUGAGCCACCCGUUAAGUCUGUGUUCUGGGCUUUGUUUGGUGCCAUCUAUCUAUGUUACGGGAUGCCGGAAGUGUACCGUGUGCUUUUUGAGGUAUUUGGGAUGGAUCCAGAUGCUGAUGAUUGCCAACCUCGAGCUAGGAGACAGCUUGAGGAUGUAGAUUAUGUUUCUGUUGAAUUCGAAGGCAAGAAGCUAAGCUGGCAAGAUAUUGCUACUUACAAGCCUCCUGAAGAUGCUUUAUUCGCACAUCCGAGGCUAUUCAGAGCUUGUGUUCCACCUGGAAUGCAUCGUUUCAGAGGAAACAUUUGGGAUUUCGACAGCAAACCUAAAGUCAUGCAGGCUUUAGGUUAUCCUUUACAGAUGAAUGAUAGAAUCCAAGAGAUAACUGAAGCAAGAAACAUCGAGCUUGGACUCGGUUUACAGCUCUGCUUCUUGCAUCCAUCAAAGCACAAGUUUGAACACCCGCGGUUCUGUUUCGAGAGAUUAGAAUACGUAGGCCAAAAGAUACAGGACAUAGCAAUGGCGGAACGUUUGUUGAUGAAGCACCUGGACGCACCUGGUAAAUGGCUGCAAGAGAAGCAUAGGCGUCUGUUGAUGAACAAGUUCUGCGGUAGGUAUCUGAGGGAGAAACGUCUUCACAACUUCAUAAUCUACUCGGAGGAGGUUCAUGACCGGUAUGAACAUAACCGGAGACUUAGAAACCCGGCAACAACAGCUGUUCAACAAGCUAUUCACGGUCUAGCGUAUACCAUUUAUGGAAAGCCUGAUGUUAGGAGGCUCAUGUUUGAGGUUUUCGACUUUGAGCAGAUUCAGCCUAAAGCUGUCGUCUGAGAAGUCUCUCUCUCACUCUUUUGUCUUUGCUGUAUUUUUUAGUUUGCUUCUGUAUUUGAUUUCUAUAGUUAAAAAUGAUUAAAAGUACUGAAUCAGUUUGAAGAACAAUUUAAAAUUAUGGAAUAGUUUGAAGAAUUAUAAAGUUAGUACAUAAAUAUUUCAAGUUACAUUAUAAAUGUGUACUUGGUACA